GACCCCCACAGCGACUUCGUGCGGCGCUUCCUGCGCUCCCAAAAAGCCGUCCUGUUCCUGGGAAUGAACCCGGGGCCCUUCGGGAUGGCCCAGACCGGGGUGCCCUUCGGCGAGGCGUGGCACGUCCGCGAGUGGCUGCGGGUGCGGGGGGAGGUCCGCAAGCCCCCCCUGGAGCACCCCAAGCGGCCCGUGCUGGGGCUGCGCUGCCCGCGGGCCGAGGUGAGCGGCGCCCGCUUUUGGGGGCUCGUGCGGAGCCUGUGCCCGGACCCGCGGCGCUUCUUCCGCCACUGCUUCGUGCACAACCUGUGCCCCCUCCUCUUCCUCGCCGGCAGCGGCCGCAACGUGCCCCCCCCGGAGCUGGGGGGGCCGCAGCGGGAGCGGCUGCUGGGGGCGUGCGGGGCGGCGCUGGCGGGGGUCGUGCGGGCGCUGCGGGUGCGGCUCGUGGUGGCCCUGGGGCGAGUGGCCGAGCUGCGGGCGCGCCGGGCGCUCGCCGGGGCCGGGCUGGGGGUGCCGGUGCGGGGGAUCCCCCACCCCUCGCCGCGGAACCCCCGCGCCAACCAGGGCUGGGAGGGGGCGGCCCGGGAGCGGCUGCGGGAGUUGGGGGUGCUGCGGCUCUUGGGGUUGCGGGAGGAGGGGGGGG